AUGGGCGUCGGAAAAAUACCAGAGUUCGACGUGAAAACGGGAAAUUGGACUAUGUACUGUGAGAGGUUAGAAAUGUAUUUCCUCGCGAACGAUAUUAAGGAUGAAGUGAAGUUACCAACACUAAUCGCCGUAAUGGGAGAAGAUGCAUAUCACUUGUUAUCUACGUUAGCAAGCCCCAGCCAACCUUCAUCUUUGACCUUCACUAGCGCGGUGACACUGCUCAAAAAUCACUUACAACCGAAACCCUCCAUCUUGGCCGAGCGCUACAGAUUUCGGCAGCGGCGCCAGGCAGAGGGAGAAAGUGUAGCUGAGUAUGUGGCGGAACUGAAGAAGCUAGCAAAAACAUGCGAUUUUGGGUCGUCUUUAGAAGAAAAUCUCCGCGACCAACUUGUUUGCGGCAUUGUAAGUGAGUCGACGCGGCAACGAUUGUUCGCGGAGGACGGCAUCGGCUACGCGAGGGCGGUCAGUUUGGCUACGACAUUGGAGGCGGCAGAAAAGAAUGCAGUCGCGGUAGAUCGAGACGCUAAUAAUGUUAACACGGGUGUAAAUAAACUGGAAGCGAACCAUAAAUGUAUGGCGUGCGGGGAGAUUGGGCAUAAAACGGAAGGUUGUAAAUAUAAAAACUUUGAAUGUAGUUGGUGUAAAAAUUUAGGCCACUUAAGAAGGAUGUGCCCUGAGAAAAAUGCAAGACUCGGAGUGACGGGAACGGCGGGUAGCCAGUCACAAUCACGCGGAGACGGCGUGACCUAUAACGGUAGCGGAGCACGCGGGAACCGAUCAUCUGGAAGAGGCGGUAGCGGGCGCGGGCGCGGACGCGGAGGUCGCUCGGGCCGCCGGGGCACAAACAACUAUUGGGUGCACGCGCACCAGGGAUUAGCUGACGUGGCGAGCGAUCACGGCGGGUAUGCGUCGGCGCUGGAUGUUAACGCCUAG